ACAGAAGUAUCAAGACAGAACUGUCAAGACAGAAAGACGCAGGUAUGCACAGAUGUAUUAUAUUGUCACAACCUAAUAUAGUCGCCUUUCUUAGGAGAAUCUCGCUAGACAUUUUUGCUGGCUAUCAUUUAAUUAAUAUUCUGUUCACUCAGUUUCCGUAUUUUAUUCUAGUUCAGUUCAAAUUGCUGAAAAGCCGCUUGAAUUACAAUCCUAUCAUAUCAAGGCAGAAAGAUAAAACAGGUAUGUGUGCAGUUCUAUCUUUAUUUUCUAGAUAUCGUCUUUUACUUUCAUACAACUUUGUUUAUACGGUCUAGAGGUUGAGUUUAUUGAGUUGCUCACAGCUCACUCAUAAUUGGUGAGCAGAUUUCCCAACUGGCUAGUAUCGCCCAAUCGAAUAGGGAUUCCGAAGUACCUACAAUUUAACGUUCUUAUCCGAGAACAAGCGAAAUUCUAACCAUUUACAGAUGUCAGUGCAAAGGUAACUCUUUCUCUUCAGUUACUUUAAGACUUUGAUGUAUAGUGGAAUAUAGUUACUAGAAUAUCAAACCUGAAACCUCCCUUCUAAAUUUAUUUAUUUAUUUAUUAACUUUACAAUCAUAGAAACGUAUAACAAUGAUUGAAGGUAUGGUCAACAGGACAUGAGGAACACCGCAUUUUAUUGUACCGAAAGAAGAGUCUAAAUGAGAAGAGUAGUGAACAUGAGCUCUGCAGUGGAGUUUAAAUCCAUUUCUGAAUUCCAUUUCUCUUUAGAGACAUGCAGUGGCUUUUUUUUACACUGGUCGCUCUUCACAUUGCGACAGUUCCCACAGCUGGUAUGAAAAAUCAGCAUAACGAUUACCUCGUUUGUACACCUGAAACUGAAUUCAACCCUGGCGUCUGUGAUUGCACGGCUAGUCGCUGGCGAAAAUGUUUUAUAAAAUUGACAAUUACAAAAAAUAAAUUUGACAAUUCAACACUAAUCGACGAAUCCCAGCUUUUCAGCGUGAACGGAGGGAGAAUUGGGCCAACUAUUAUCGCAAAGUACAAUCAACUGAUAGUCGCUGACGUUUACAAUCUAAUCAACGACAAAGAAAACCCGGACAAUUCUAACGUUUCAAUGCACUGGCAUGGCAUGCAUCAGUUUAAUACCCCAUGGAUGGAUGGUGUCGGUAUGAUCACACAGUUGCCAACGAAACCUCGCGAUGCAUUCAG